AUGUUCAGACAAGCCUUCAGAAGCGCAGUAAGAAACAUGAACACUUUGACCCCAGUUAGAACUCAAUUGGCGCCCCCACCAGCGGCAUCCUACUCCCAGGCCAUGAAGGUCGACAAUUUGAUCUUCGUUUCCGGCCAAAUCCCAUACACUGCUGAAAACAAGCCUGUGGAAGGUUCAAUUGCAGCAAAGGCCGAACAAGUGAUUCAAAAUGUGAAAAACAUCUUGACUGAGGCCAACUCCGACUUGAACAAGAUCGUCAAGGUCAACAUCUUCUUGGCUGACAUCAAGGACUUUGCUGAGUUCAACUCCGUCUACGCUAAGUACUUCAAUGAACACAAGCCUGCUAGAUCAUGUGUGGCUGUUAAGGACUUGCCAUUGAACGUCGAUUUGGAAAUGGAGGUUAUUGCUGUUGAAAAGGAUUAA